AGCUCUGGGCUAUACCUGGCAGCUCGUGGUGGCCACAUCAUGGUUGUUCAGAAGCUCCUAGACCUGGGAGCCAAUAUAGACGCACCGGGGUUUCAGUACGAGAAUGCACUUCGAGCGGCGUGUUUUUGGGGGUUGACGGAAAUAGUGCAGCUUCUGAUCCAUCAUGGCGCCUCUUCCUCUGUGCCCAGAAGGGGGGAAUAUUACAGUCCCCUGCAGGCGGCUUUGGCGAGUGAUAACAAUGCAGUUGCAGAACUCCUGCUUGAUGCUGGGGUCAAGCUUACUACACAGCAGCAAUUCGAUGAUGCCAUACAGACCGCAGCUUUCAAAGGGAAUAUUCCAAAUUUCCAGCGGCUUAUGGCAGGGGAUGUUGGAGACUUUGCUCCAGAAAUCAGGCCUGAUCCCCUUCAAAUAGCCCUCGCGGGAGGCAAGAUGAGGAGAGCAAAGCUGCUAUUGCAAAGCUGCACCGACAUAAACGAGGAAAAAGGUUUCUUUAGCAAUGCGCUCGCGGCUGCUAUUGCAAGUGAGAAGCUGUCAAUAGUACAGCUAGUUCUUGAUGCUGGAGCUAAUAUCAAGCUUCGAGGACGAUACGGCUUUCCUCUUCGCGCAGCUGUCAUCAUCAACAAUUUCGAAAUCACUAAAUGUCUGCUUGAGAAGGGUACAGAUCCAAACGAAGAAGAUCAUGAGCUGGGAGAUGCCCUUCAGGCUGCUGCAAGCCGCGGCAACAUAGAGAUAAUGUCGCUCCUUCUUGCUUACAAAGCUGAUGUUCAAGGGUACGGAGGUCAUUUCGGUGAUGCACUGCAAGCUGCUGCUUUUGGAGGUCAUGGAAAGGCUGUGGACGUACUUAUUCAUUAUGGAGCUAACAAUUUCUGGGAACAGUCUCGUGGGAGAUACCACAGUGCUCUGGGAGCUGCGUUGUACGCUGGGCAUCAGAGCAUAGUGCAAAUGCUUCUUGAAGCAGGUGCAAAACUGAAU